AUGCCAUCAGCUUUCGACGAGACAAAGAAGUACCAAGAGCAAGAAGAGACCUUCUUUGACGAUGGCCGGGAAGUCGAGCUUCUGCACUACGUCUUCUCACGGCCCAAUGUCGACCAAAUCCGUGGCGACGCCCAAGCAGUGCUGGCAGCCAUUGAUGAUUUCGCCAGGACUCAAAAAUACCUUAUGAAUGUCGGCGAGGACAAAGGUCGAAUAGUGACGGACCUGAUAUUCGAAGUCAAACCGACGGUCAUGGUUGAGCUCGGGGGCUACAUCGGCUACUCAUGCAUCCUCUUUGGCGACGCAGUCCGUAAAGCAGGCGGGAAGCGCUACUUCAGUCUGGAGCGGAACCCAGAAUUUGCGGCGGUUAUCAUGGCACUUGUGGACCUAGCAGGGCUUUCCGAUGUGGUGAAGGUGAUCAUCGGCUCUUCAGACGCAUCCCUCAAGCGGCUCUACGACAAUGGCGAUCUGCAGAAGAUCGAUCUCAUGUUUCUGGACCACUACAAGCCCGCCUACACUACCGACCUGAAGCUCUGCGAGGAGCUCGGCCUGGUGGGACCUGGCAGUGUACUGGCGGCUGACAACGUUAUCAAGCCUGGCAAUCCUCCCUACCUGGAGUAUGUACGGAGCUCGACCAAGCAGAAGAGGCAAACAGGUGGUUCCAAGGGCACGAAUGGCGACAGUGGGUUCGGCCGGGCGCUUGGACAAUACGACAAGCGAGAAGGGAGGGUCAAGCUCAACGAAUGCGUCGGAAACCCGAACCUGGUCUACGAUAGCAAGCAAGUGGACAGCUGGGAGCCUAGCGGUGUUCCCGACGCCGUGGAGAUCACUCGCUGCACGGGCACAGAUGAGCCGUGA